CGGGUGUGUCCCACCACCGAAAAGGCACGUCUGGACAGGAAGCCCAGCACUCUGUGUUCGAACUCUGCAACUUCAAGCCUCCCUGAGAUGGAACAGUAGAUAGCCAGGUGAGCCCUCAGCUCGCACUGAAGGAGAACCUGGGGAAGUCCCCACCCUGGCACCUGCAGGGAAGUGACACCUGCCCUGGAGACAGAAGGGACAGCACAGUUGAAAUGGAGUGUCAGCUAUCCUGUCGUCAGUGUGUCCCCAUAGGUACGCACAGGUCGGGUGAGACGGAAGGUAGGACUGACCGAGGGGAGGGGAGCACGCCAAGGGGGGACACGCCUUGGCAGUCAGAGACGCGAGCGGUGAGGGUUCCCAGGUUGGCGAGGGGGUGUGUUCCGGGAACAGGACUCGAGACUCUCACCGGCUCAUGCUAGAGAACAGGAGCAAGAGAAAGAGCCCCUGAGGGGGCUGAUCCUUCCUGCCAGGCUGCUCGUCCUCCGUAUAUUCUAACUCUUCCUUCCCCACAUUUUUUAUCCGUGCAUGGAGGUGCACGUUGAUGGGUCUGCCGUUACGUGUUCAGACGUGCACACAGCUUGGCAGCGUCACGGGCCAGCGUCACUCCCUGCUCAUUUCAUAGACAGUCUGUGCCUGAAGGUGUACAUCUUGUGAACCUGAAACCAGUGUGCAUUUGCCUUAGAAAGCGAGGCAACAGCACAGGCCUAACGCGGAGCCUGCCUCCAACCUGGCGUCCAGACUCCGCCCUUGAACUGCUCUUGGGGAGACGUAUUUCACAGAUGCUGUCUCCAUGCACGCAGAGCCUUCGUGGUCCAAGAACCCUCCUCGUGCUUCAUCUGGAUGCCUUCUGGGUGGCUUUUGUCUCUUCACCCCCUCCUCUGCCUUGCUGAGCCCGCUCUGCUCGGGGUGGAGCAGUAUGGCAGCCUUCCUUGUGAACAAGAGGAUGAAUGAUCUGGAAACACCUGAUGACAGAGGAGGGAAGCUGGAGAGGAAGGCUGCUGCUGAUAAACGAGCAAGGUCUCUCGUGUGUACAGUAACCCUUUCCUGACACCCACCUGGCCGGUGCGGAUGCAGGACCCCCAGAUCCACACCCCCAGCUGACCUCUGGGUUUUAACUACAAAUGGGAGUCAAAAGGAGGAUCCGGUCUGUGCCUACAAUGGAACUGAAAGCAAGGUCCUCGAGGCCAGGGCCCGCCCUUGGGGCAGCAGCGAUGUGAUGUAAAGUGCCCAUGUGGGUACACUGGGCGUCAGACACACCUGACAGCCCAGUCCCUCAGAGAAAGCCAAAUUGGCCAGCGCUGCGGCCUCAGGUCUGUCCCGGGUGUGAACUGAAGCAUCACCGCGUCGCCAUGCUGCUGACACAUCCCCCUCCACCUUAACAAAUCCCGGGCCAGCAUUGAAGACCCAGCGUUCAAAAGUCCAGUGAGAGCUGGGCACGCCCUCCUCGCAGGAGAGGGCGAGGGAAGGGCAAGAGGGGAGCCGGAGCGGUGCGCACAAGGGGAAAACUGGACACAGUCCUGCUGCCAGAAGAGCAGCGUGUGAAGCUAGACCCCUGAACAACGCCUGGCCGCGACCAGGCGUGUGCGGCCGCUGAGCCUGUGGCGGCGGCAGGACACAGCACGCCAUGGAGAACUCCGUGGCCCCCUGCGUCCUCUACCCAGGGGACCGCAGCGUUAGCGGGACCGAGCCCAGGGCUCAGGGAGAGGGCAGCCUGACGCCGCCGGCCGCGGGGGAGGGCGCUGAGUCCCCGGCACAGACACCCUGCAGUCUCCGCGCGUCCCUGUGCUUCAGCUCGGGGGACGACUCUCCGCCGCAGUCCCUCGCCGCCGCCGCCGCCGCCGCGGAGGGCGCGGCGGCCUCCCCGCCCUCGCGCCGCAGCGGCCAGCGUGUGGUGGAGACGCAGUGGGAGGUCAGCAGCGCGAGCGCCGCGUCGCCGGACGAACUCCUGUCCCCGGAAGAGCCCGUGUCCCCGGAAGAGCCCGCGUCCUCCGAAGAGCGCGCGCGCCCGGAGGAGUCCGCGUCCCUCCAGGAGCGCGCGCGCCCUGGGGAGUCUGUGUCCCUGACGGAGUCCCUGGAAGAGCUCGGGGAGCCGGUGCCUGUGCCCCCUGGGGUCGGGACCGCGCACGGGGAGCCCGACCUGGUCAUCGAGGUGUCCGGCAGGCGGCUGCGGGCGCACAAGGCGGUGCUGGCGGCGCGCAGCGACUACUUCCGUGCGCGUGCCUCGCGGGACGUGCUGCGGGUGCAGGGCGUGAGCUUCUCGGCGCUGCGGCUGCUGCUGGCCGACGCGUACAGCGGGCGCAUGGCGGGCGUGCGGCCCGACAACGUGGCCGAAGUGGUGGCUGGCGCGCGCCGCCUGCAGCUGCCUGGCGCCGCGCAGCGCGCCACCGACGCCGUGGGGUCGCAGCUGAACUUGGCCAACUGCUACGAAGUCCUGAGCGCGGCCAAGCGGCAGCGGCUGUCGGAGCUGCGCGACGCCGUCUACCGCUUCAUGAGCGACCACUACCUGGAGGUGCUGCGCGAGCCCGCGGUGUUUGGGCGCCUAUCUGGCGCCGAGCGCGACUUGCUGCUGCGCCGCCGACUGCGCUCAGGCCGCGCCCGCCUGCUGGCCGCAGCUCUGGGGCCGGCCGGGGAGCGCGCGGGCAGCCGCCCGCAGAGCCCGUCGGGGGACGCGGACGCGCGCGGCGACGCGGUCGUCUACUGCUACCACGAGGCUGCGGGCGAGUGGCGCGAGCUGACGCGGCUGCCCGAGGGCGCGCCGGCGCGCGGCUGCGGCCUGUGCGUGCUCUACAACUACCUCUUCGUGGCUGGCGGCGUGGCGCCCGCGGGCCCUGACGGCCGCGCGCGUCCGUCCGACCAGGUCUUCUGCUACAACCCGGCCACCAACUGCUGGAGCGCCGUUCGGCCGCUGCGUCAGGCGCGCUCGCAGCUGCAGCUACUGGCGCUGGACGGCCACCUGUACGCCGUGGGCGGCGAGUGCCUGCUCAGCGUGGAGCGCUAUGACCCGCGCGCCGACCGCUGGGCCGCGGUGGCCCCGCUGCCCCGGGGUGCCUUCGCCGUGGCCCACGAGGCCACCACCUGCAACGGCGAGAUCUACGUGUCGGGGGGCUCGCUCUUCUACCGCCUGCUCAAGUACGACCCGCGACGCGACGAGUGGCAGGAAUGCCCGUGCAGCAGCAGCCGUGAGCGCUCGGCGGACAUGGUGGCUCUGAACGGUUUCAUCUACCGCUUCGACCUAUGCGGGGGCCGCGGCGACGCACAGGCGGCGGCCGGCCCGGGUGGCGGGGUCCGCGUCUUCCGCUACCACUGCCUAGCCAAACAGUGGAGCCAGUGCGCGGCGCACCUGCGGCCUCCGGGCGCCCCAGCCGGCCUGCAGCCCUUCCGCUGCGCCGCCCUGGAUGGCACAAUCUACUGCGUGAGCCGAGCGGGCACCUGGCGUUUCGUGCCCUCUCAGGACGGUGAGCCCGGUGGCGACGCGGGCGCUGGUGGCAGCUUCGAGCCAGAGCCGCUCGGAGCCCCCCUGGACAUCCGGGGCACACUCUUUCCGUUUGUGCUCAACCUGCCUGAGAAGUCGGACCGCGGGGAGCAGGGCGCGGCCUAGGGCAGGCCCAGGUCACCUGGGCAUCUCCCUUGGGCAGCUGUGGGACCAAAGGGGCGGCCCAGUGGGCUGCUGUCCCCGGCGGGAAGGGGGCACAGGAGAGGAGGGAGAGAGCAGUAGGGUGGGCUGCUGCACGCUGCAUCAUGUAUGCGCCUUAGAGUGGAAGCUUCGUGGGCCCUGGUGCGCUUUUGCAACACCUUUCUCUGCGCCACUUCUGUUCUGGAUUGCUUUUUGCUUUAUUUUGCUUAGUGGGUGGAUGGCAUAAGAUGUAGGAUGUGUGCAAAUUGCCUUACAGAUGAGACACAGGAUACUUAGGGGAGAAGUGGGGUCAACAGAUGGAUCAUCAGGUGCAGUGUCCGCCCUGGGGGUGCAGGAGGGUGAACAGGCAGGUACAGCGCUUCCAGCUCCUGAGCAGAGAGGAGGCAAUUGGAGGUGCAUGAGCAGAGUUCCUUCCUCGCCAGUGAUUAGAAGGCCAGGCCCCAGAGUGUGUCCUAAGUAGGCCAGGCCCAGCUCUGAGUGCAGCUGCAGAGGGAAGUCACCCUUUUGUUUUGGUUUUGGCCUGAGGUUUAAAACUAUAGCUGAUAAGUAGAGCUUGUUGUGAUCUAGUUAAAAAGUCCAUGCCACCAUGUGCUUGAGCUUUGGUGGGCUCAGCUCCAGAAAGAGUGACUUCACCUUUGAUGACCAACUUGAUUUCUAGGCCCUGGAGCACUGGAAGUGUCCCUCUGCCAAGCCAUGGACACAGCUAGGUCCUGCACACCAGAGCAGGGCCAGCUCACUGGACGGGCCCGAAGUCCUUGGUGGCAUGGUGACAAUUCAUUGUGGCUCAACUUUUUGGCCUUUGCUGAUGAAAUGUCACCUGGUGGCACAUGGAGUCAGGAAAGUCCACUGACAAGGGUGCUUGUCUGCUAAAGGACCUGUGACUGCCCUCUCUGCUCAUUCACCACCAUGUUCUAGAAGGAGCUCAGAGGGGACAUUUCUACAAAGGAGGAUUAGAGUCAUUUUUGACAGUUCUAAAAACAAGUGCUACAGGCACAUUUUAAACCCACUACUUACGUUUUAAAUGUGUAUCCUGUAAUUCUGAUGAGGGAGAUUAAUUUUUACAAACAUUAUUCUAAGAAAGCAUGGCAAAGUGACAUGUUAUAAGGAAUAAUAACAAAGGAAAAUACCCUGUAUUUUUAAUGUAGUUUAGCAAGUAAGUGACAUUUAUCUUGUUGAGAAUUCCAAAAUACUGGAAUAGGAUGGACGUGAGACUCACUACUUUGAGAAAGUGCAAAGAUCAAAACCAAAUGAGUUGAUUUUCCCCUCAUUCCUUAGGUCAAUUUAUGUUUCAGAUAUGCACAGACAGGACUUGCUGUCCAUUAGUAGGACAGAACAUGAACAGGCACACUGGUCUGGAUUGCAGAUCCAGUUCAUUUCACUGUGCUGGGACAAGUGCACGUGGGAAGUUUCUGGAACUACCCAGAUGAAACCAUGCAUACCUCGACAUGAUUUGUAUAUUGACCAGUGGUGGAUAGGGGGACGUAGGCGGUGCUUUUUAGAGUCUGUGGUUGUGAAAGUCGUGGUGAAGCGUGUUUAGAAAUGGUCAUUGUGAAUCUCAUCCGUGACCCAGGGGAGCGGGAUUCACAGUUGCAGUUGGGGUACGUUCAGGUGGCAUGCAUGCUUGCUUCUGAUUGUGCAUGAACCAAGAAGAUAUCUUGGCAACUUGGCCAACCAUUUUGGGAAAGAAAAACAGACUUCCUGUUCCUGAUUUUAUUGGCCUUUUAUAGGAGUAUACUGGAGAAAUGGUAGUAGAAUAAAUACUUAACUGCAAAAAG